AUGCUUGCACUUCCCACCGUUCUCGCCCUUGCGGGCAUGCUGUCCGUAGCCUCAGCACAGGACGUCAAUAUCGAGGCCGCGGCAAAUCAGUGCACCCAGGCAGGGGGGCCUUGCGACCUUCUGGCACAGCGCGUGGAGGAGGGGGGGAAGCAAAACACCCUUGGGGCUCAGAGGGACUUUUUGUGCGAGAAGCCAAGUGUCCUCGAUCUCGAGGAUACGUGCUUCCAGUGCUUGACGGACAAAGGUCUGCGCACACCCGCGGACGAGGACAAGUACAAGGAAGUCUAUGAACGGCUGGACAACAAUUACUGCAAAGCGCCCGUUGUAAAGACGUCUUACAGAGACGCGUACGUCAAGGCCGAGUAUGGCAUCAGCGACGCCCAGGGCCCAGACGUCAAUUCCACGGCAAAUGCAGGCGCAACACUGGACGGUUGUGAAGACGAAGGCCUGAAUGCCACCGUCUCUACGUCCAAUUCUACGGUCAACGCGACUGCUCCCGGCGUGUCGGCGGGCAACGGUCCCAUCAUCCCAACCGGCAUUCAAUGGAUCUACACCUACGCCGCUCAGCAACAACCGGACGGCGCCGUCUUCGGCCUGUACGUUUGCGCCAAGUGCCACUUGGUCGCCAAGCCAGGGGGUGGCUGCGAGUUUGUAUGCACAGUCCCCAUGGCGGUAGAAGGCAACAAGACGCGCAUCAGCGAGGGCGAGGCCAAGGAACUGCCUUCUGCUCCCAAGGAUCUUCCCAAGGCGCCUGAAAACGACGUGGAAAAGAAGAGCGUCGUCGUCCCGACCGAGAACAUCCAGAAGGUCUGUCAAUGCCGAUACGUCAGCCCCCCUCAGCCCGUCGGCGGCAAUGGCCAGGGCGUCCCCGGCCAGUCCAACAAUGACAUGCCCGCUGGCCCCAAAGUCGAGAAGCCCCAAGGCUCAGCCUGGUUCCCCGGUGCUGCUCCCGGUGUUGAGAAAUCGGACAGCCUGGUUCCUGGCGUCGGCCCCAAUACUGUGAGCUCCGCUGGCUCAGGUUCCGGCCCGAGCAGCCCCGAGGCCGUCGGCUCCAACGGCUCGGGUUCCGGUCCCAGCUCCGAGGCUGAUAUUUCGGACAACUCUAUCCCCAGCAGCUCCGGGGCUGGUGUCAAGCCCGAUGGCGAUGCCGCUGGACUAUUCCAGCCAUCCCUCUCUGGCUCUGCCGGUCUUCCUUCAAACACCGAUGGCGCCAACCUGCCUCCCAUCGUCAGUGCCGCUUCUGCUGGCACCAUGCCGGCAUCCGUGGCCCUCGUCUUCUUGGCUGCAAUGGCCCUUCUUUUUUAA